AAUUAGAAAUAAUCCUUUCGCAAUCGUGUAUCAAUUGAAAUUCUUACAGUCGUGACAUAUGGAAAAGUCUAAGUGUGUGGGCUUGUUGACAACUCAAAGACAGCCGAGACCCCUGGGCUAUGCGUUGGCGCAGGUUAGCUCGCUCCAAGAGGUGCCGCUCAAAGAAUACACCUCCGCCACGGAGCCCCGUUCACAGCACCACUGAAGAGCCCUGACCGCAGCUCCGCCACGGAGCCCCGUUCACAGCACCACUGAAGAGCCCUGACCGCAGCUCCGCCACAGAGCCCCGUUCACAGCACCACUGAAGAGCCCGGACCGCAGCUCCGCCACGGAGCCCCGUUCACAGCACCACUGAAGAGCCCGGACCGCAACUCCGCCGCAGAGCUCACACCACAGCUCCACCGCAGAACCCACACCACUGGAGAACCCUGAGCAUUGCUCUGCGCACAACCCUGGCCGCAGCGACCUAAAGCACAGUUCACCGGAGAGACUUGGAGCGCACUCCCCCCACGAAGCCCUGAUCCCCAGCUCCUUUGCAAAGUCUUGGAGCGUCGCUCAGAUCCAAAACCCUCCAGUCCUGCUCCGCUGCAGAGCGAUAAAGUAAGCUCUCCCACGAAACCCUCUGCCACGGAGCUGGGGCGCUGCUCUCUGAUAGUCACACUGCACCAAAGAAUCCACUCUGGGAUUCCUCAGCACUGCUCUGCGUCUUUCAAAAUCAUUCGACACUCGUCCGGCACAAACCACGUUUCCGGCACUGGGACAGCACUCGACGGAACGCCUGAUCACAGGUCCAGCUCGAAUCUGAGCGGUUUCAUUUCUGACCAGGUACCAGCGGAAGUCGUUCGCUACGGGAUAAAGCUCACAGCACUGCGGACCACCGGGCACCGUCGGAUCUUCAGCACAGCAUGGAAACAAGCAGCAAGCAUCACUUCAUCCCAUCACUCCAUGUACUAGCCUUCAUUCUCAAUAUCCUUCAGGGGGCCGGUGCAGAACAGGAGACCGAGAAUCUUUCGGGUCUUUCCACUGAUCCCUAUAAAGAUAUUUUUGUGGUUCGGGAAAAUGGAACAACGUGUCUGAUGGCGGAGUUUGCAGCUAAAUUUAUUGUCGCCUACGAUGCACGGGCCAGUAACUAUGUAGAUCUCAUUACAGAACAAGCUGACAUUUCAAUUCCACGAAGUGCAGAAGUUAGAGGAAAGUGCGGGAGCAACGAAUCAGAACUGCAGAUUUCCUGGGCUGACGGCACAUACAGUUUUAAAAUCUAUUUUGUGCAGGAGACCCGCAAUACAUCCACAAGGCAAGAACAGUUCUGGAAAGUCAGUAAGGUUCAGUUCGUUUAUGAUUUAUCUGAAUCCAGCCACUUUAAAGAUGCAGCCAACCUUGGGAGGCACACAGCCACUUCUCGCCACCUCUCUCUCUUUGUGACCCCGCUUGGCAAAUCGUACAAGUGCGAGGCUCAGGAAAGUAUCUCCCUCAUCUCCAGUGAUCACCAGAAAGUGGUUGCCGUUCUCUUAUCUCAAAUCCACAUCCAGCCGUUCGGCCUCAAGCGCGACUUCACAUUCAGCGAAGCCUCCGCCUGUGUUGUGGACCAACAGGAACAGUUAGAGGAGACUCUGCCCCUUAUACUGGGGCUGACACUGGGCCUCGUCAUCGUGGUGAUUUUGUCGGUUUACCACAUUCACCAUAAACUCACGGCUACCAGCCAAAUUCAGAUACCCAGAGACAGAUCCGAAUACAAACACAUGUAAAGAGCUCCGAUCGAGUUGGACCGAACCUCCCAGCGAACAGCACGGCAGCUGCUGCACAGUAAUGUUAACCAACAAAGAAUUAUUUCAGAGAAUACAUUUUCAAACUUCAGCGGAACGCGAACACGCAAAUAAACGCCCGGUCUCUUGCUGUAUAUAUAUAUAUAUAUAUAUAUUUAGGCGCGCUUCUUUAAGUAGUAUUAGCACAAUGUCUGCUUCAAAACCAGAAUCCCAUCACAGCACAUAACAAUUACAAAAUAUCAACGAAACCAUUAAAAGUACUGCAAGAUUAGUAAUCUAAUUCUAGAGUAAGUAAUGGUUAAUGUAGUAUAUCGGACCCUCUCACGUUGCUCCAAUUAUUUAGAAAAUGACGCAGAUUAGAAGGUUCGAUCGGACGUCGUUCAUUCACACGCUAUUUGCUAAAUAGCGUUGACGGCCCAAACAUUGCUACACCAAAUGAUAAUUUAAUUUAUUGGUACUUGCAUAUGUUCCCACCGCUCUUUCAGACGCAACCCUAAUAGAGAAAAAUAUAGUUGUUCAGUUGAUGAUUUUGAAUGCAAGUCUACUCGUGAAAUAAACUGAACCCGUUUUCUUUUAUUUUGAUAAACACGGCUUUCUUGGAUUCAUGGAUUUAUUUUGCUUUUUCAAUUUGGAAAGCAGUUUGCUCUUGUCCUUUAAGUUUUGGUGAAUGUCCACAUCUAUUCCAAGCGUACGCCAGACAUUGUGGAGGACCAAAUGACUCGGCCAGCGACGGUUGCAAAUAUUAGAGUAGCGAGUGAGCUUCUAUUUCCAAAUUACUGAGAAGUUUCGUUAUUUUGGACACGUGAAGAUGUGCGGGUUGGAAUGUUCAAUAUUUUUAGAGGAUGCACAGGUCACUCCGUUAUGGAUCAGAAAAUCUUUCCGAUAACUUAGUCGGUGAAAUUCCAUUCAGUGUUGAGGGAAAAUAGGACGUCAUAUUACAAAAUACACUGCUGUAUGACGUGCGCGGUUAGGUUUUCUUUAGGUAGGGAAGUGCGAUGAUCGAAGGGAUACAAUACUUCAUCUUACAGGUUAAUGUAUCUAUGGAAAUUAUGCAGAGCAAUUCCCCAGUGUGAGCCUUGAAUCAUUCCGACAACCGUUCGUGUUGAUUUGCCAUCCCUUUAACUGCAUUCAGUUUAACUAGGUGCAAAGACUGCUAAAAACAGCUCUUUUGUCCACGUUAUUCAGUAAUUUCCCCCAUCUCAGGAUCAAAAUCCCGGUUGAUCGUAUUUUACCGACUUUUUCUUACGAUUCACUGCAGUUAGAACUUAAAGGGACGGGAGCAAUCCUUGGAGCCGGCUCCACCUUUGAAUUAGAUCAGGGCUGAUCAGAACUUGGUGUCAGCUUCACUUUCCUGUCAAAUGCCUUAACUGGCAAGUUCCCUAUAGACCAAAAAUGCAUCUAUUUCAGUCUUGAAAUAUAUUCAGUGACCAGGCCUCCAACUUUCUAGGAUGGAGAAUUUCAAAGAUUUGCAAUCCUCAUGGGAGAAAUUCCUUCUCAUCUCUCUUAAACGGAUAAUUGCUAACUGGUUUAUUAUCGUCACAUGUACAGCGAAAAGCUUUGUUUUGCCAUCCAAACAGAUCAUUCCAAACAUAAGUCAAAGUAACACAAGAGGAAAAGCAAUAACAGAAUGCAGAAUGUACAAUUACAAUUACAGAGAAAGUACAGCGCAGGUAGACAAAUGAGGCGCAAGGGCCGUGACAAGGUAGAUUGAGAGAUCAAGGGUUUAUCUUCAUCUUACAAAAGGUCGGUUCAAGAGUCUUAUAACAGCGGGAUAGAAAGUGACCUUAACCCCUUAUUCUGAAACUAUGCUAAAUUUUGGAUUCCUACAUGGGGGGAGGAGAUUAUGCUUUUAGGACCUCCUUUGUCAAACCCCCUCAGAAUCAUACAUUUCAAUAAGAUUACCUUUUAUUCUUCUCAACUUUAGUGAAAAUGUACCUGCAUUACUCAACAUUUCCUCAUAACACAAUUCCUUCAUCCCAGACAUCAAUCCAGUGAACCUUCUCUGAACAAUCUCCAAAGCAAGUGCAUCCCUCCUUAAGUAAGGGUAUUUAAAGGUAUUUAUUACGGAAGGAUGUUUUGAUCUUAUUGCAUAUAGGAUAAUAUUUGAAAUUCAAAAAAAAAUCCACCCUUGCAAAAGGGAUAAAUUUAUUAGCAUCAAAUGGGGGCUUGAAGGAGUGGGGAGUGCAGGUGAGGAAUAACUAGCAAAAUUAAUGUAUCUGUAAUAAUAUUUUUUAUAAUACUUCCCAAGCAGCACUCAUGGUGUAAUCCCAUUUAACAACAGGGCAGGUGUAUUAUUUUGGCAGGAAAUUACUCUAAAACUUUGAGGUAAAUCCAAUAUAACCAAAAAGUGUACAUACAUGCACUCACUAUUGUGAUUCUGCCCUUUCAUUUUUGUAACUUGACAAAAUUUUCAAAUAAGAUGGCAUUUGCCAGUGAAAAUUCUCGUUUGAUUUUCUGCCUGUUUUCUGCCAUUUUCUCACUGGAAAUGGACCAGCCCACCACAGUGUAACAGUUUGUGCAGUUUCUCCUUUGGCAAUGACCAAUAUUUCUGCUUAUAUUAUUUUUGGUAAAACAUGACAUGUUUGUGCCAUAAUGCUGAUUAUUAGCUCGUAACUAUAUAUCUGUUAUUUCCUAUAAUACUGCUUUAAUUAAUCUACAGUUGAAAAAGAAAGUUAAAACACUUUUCAACUCAAUUAUAAUGAAAUAUUGGAUCAUGAAAAAAAACAUCGUCCAACAUUAGGGAAUGUCAGAAACCACAACUCAAAUUUAUCAGUUUCUUUAUAAUUUUGUUACAUAAUUAAACUAACAAGCUGGACUAUAAGUAACUUAGUGACUAAAAAGAUUGAAAGAGUUUGAAUUCUAUAUUGUUUUAGAUUCUACAUUAAGAGAGACCCAUGCCACAUAUUUAUUCAUAGAUGUUUUUGCACAUUUAUACCCAAAAUGUAAUUAACAUAAUUGAGGAAUACAAUUAAUACACAUUAUUGAGAUAUUAAGCUUUUUUAGUAAUGGCUGCAAGUUGUGAAUUCACUCUCGUAAGUUGAGGACAGAAAUCCAGGCUGACACUCUAGUGCAGCAUUGAGGUGGUGUUGAAUAGUGAAGCUGUAUUAAUAGUCCUCUCUCAGAUGGACAGAACAAUUUUUUUUUAAAGAGGAUUAAGGAGUCAUUCCUAUUAUACUGGCUAAAAUUUAUUCCUUAAUCAACUUCAAUAAUACAAACCUUCUUGUCAAUAUCAUAUUGCUUUUGGAGUUUUGGCUACACACAUUUGCUGCAGCACUUCCUAAAUUAUAGCACGAUAUGAAAAGAUUUUUGAAACAUUGUAGAGUCAUGAAAAGAAUUACACACAGUAAAUGUAAGUUUUUUUUCCAUGUUUGAAAGUGUGAAAUGUACUUUAACUUAAUUUUAUUGGAUCACUGUUUUUAUUUCAAUCACUAUCCUGCCAGUUGUGUUGCAUUUAUGUGAGGAACUGUCUUUUAGUCUACAAUUGUGUGCCUCAACAGAUAUUGUAUAUGUACAUAUAAAAUCAGUGAAAAUUAUUUUAAAUCUGAAAGAACAUAUUUACAUUAUCAAUCGUGAUUUGUUAUGCAAGCAGAAAGAUCGUAUUAAAAGAUCAAUCUGUGUGUGAGCACACGUUUUGUCACAAAACAACUGAUACAAAGCAACUUAUUUUUGAAUAAUUAUUUCUAUUACUCAUUUC